ACAGCGUUUACAAUUAACAGUAUUAAUAGUUUGAUAAUUAUUUUAUUAGUGUUAGUUAUUAAUAAAAAUGUGUGUAAAUUUAAGUGCUGUACUGUUAAAGACAGUGUUAUUUUUAAUUAUAAAUUUAAGCAGCAUUUCUGCAGCUCAACAUCAUCGGUAUCCCAGAUAUUUUGCACAAAGGAACCACCGUGCUCUACAGAUUCCGUCCCAUUUUAAGGACACAGUGUCCUUAAAGGUGUAUUACGAGAGCCAAUGUCCCGGCAGCGUGAAAUUCUUUAAGGAGCAACUGGCUCCAUCACUAGAGCGGUUGGGAAGACAUCUGAACGUCCACAUGAUACCGUAUGGACAUGCGAGGACUGAUUACGAAAACGGUCGCUACACGUUCGAAUGCCAGCACGGCGAUAUAGAGUGCUACGGGAACAUGCUGCACGCCUCCGCAAUAGACGUGGCUAGGAACAACACGAGAGCCGCGCUGUUUAACGCCUGCAUCAUGGAGCGGACCAACGACUAUAACACGCUCAACUAUCUCGUCAAUUGGUGUGGCUACCAAUACAACAUUUCCGCAAACGCAAUAUGGGAGACUAUGAACACAGGCAGAGCCUCAUUUCUCCUAAAGGGCUACGGCGACGAGACGCAUGCGUUACGACCUCGCUACGUUCCCUAUGUGGUGCUCGAUGGCGCCGUUGCGGAUGCCGUCACGACAAACCAUCUUGGCUACUUCGCUUGCUCGCUGCUCAACCCAAGACUGAGCGUUUGUGAUGCUGCGAUAUAUAGUGCUAUACUAUACAAGACUACGGGGACGAAACGCCUGCGCUACGACCUCGAUACAUACAUUCCCUAUGUGGUGCUGAUGCUCGACGGGACCACUACGGAUUACGUCACGAUACACCAUCUCGGCUACGGCUUGCACACUGCUGAAUCCAAGACUGAGCGCGUGCGCGCGCGCACCUAUGCUCGCUACAUGCUGGAUCGAGCCGUUUCGGUCUCCGUCACGACCAUCACGUCGCUACGUGUGGAUUUGUCAAAAGUUCUUGAAUGGUACAAACCCCGCAACUAUGAAAUUGCCAAUAAAGGAGACAAGGUUGAUCUCAGAAUAUACUACGAGGCUAUGUGUCCAUAUUGCAUAGACGAGUACACAGAAAUUUUACCAGAGAUAAUAGAUAAACUUGGAGCAUACAUAAAUCUUAAAACAUAUCCUUAUGGAAACUCUAACAAGACAGAAAAAAAUGGAAAGACCGUAAUCGAAUGCCAGCACGGCCCGAAAGAAUGUUACGGUAACAAGUUGCACGCAUGCGCCAUCGACGUACUCAAGGAUACUACUCAGUACGUAAAGUACAUCGCUUGCAUGAUGUCUGGACAGGAGGACGGCAGUGGUGGCUCAAAUGAUAAAGGCGCUACUGAAUGCGGUAAACAAAUGGGAAUCGAUGCAACCAAGAUCAUCGAAUGUGCUAAAGGUGAAAAAGGCGAAAAACUGCUAGAACAAUACGGGGAAGAAACCGAUUAUGAAGCCCCGGACAAGAGAGGCGUGCCAUGGUCGCUAAUAAACGGCAAAUUUGUGAGUAGCGACCUGUGGUUCACCACUAUCUGUGCCGCUUUGGCCCAUCCUCCCCCAGAGUGUAAAUAAUUGUGUGGAAGAGAUUGAAUAAAGGAUAAUUAAAUAUGUCAAUAAUUGAAUAAUAAAUAAUUUACGGAUGUA